AUGUCGUAUUUGCGGGAUAUCGUUACAUUUCGCGCCGUUGGAGCACGCGACGACUAUGAAGAGUGGGCACGUAUCGCUGGGGACGACGAUUUCUCGUGGAAGAAUAUUCAAAAAAGACUGAAAGACCUGGAGACUUUUCAUGGGGAACUUCCUGAGGCAUAUAAUGAACUUCGCUCGACGGCAGAGGACUUGGUCAUUGGCAAGGAGAGAAAGAAUUUAACAAUCAUCACCAAUGCGCCGGUUCAGCGCGUGCUCCUGGAAGAAAAAAAGGCCAUAGGAGUUGAGUCAAACGGCAAAAAGUUCUUUGCCACAAAGGAGGUUAUCCUCUCUGCUGGGUCACUCAACGAUCCCUGA